AUGGAGGCGUACGGUGCUGCGUCGUCCGACGAGGAGGAGCUUGCGCCGACUGGCGGCCGACCACGCCUGCAUGACCGCGUGCGCACGCUGAAGCCACGGGGCGUCUGGCCUACCUGCAUUACCAUCACGCCGGACGACGCUCACCUCGUCUCGGGCGCUUGGCCAAACACGAUCCAAGUCUGGCGCCUCGGCGAUGGAAGGCUGGUACGUACGCUCGGGAUCCAGGUCUGGGGCUUCGAAGAUGAGCAGGGGUGCCAUGACGAGGGCAUGAAGGAGCAGGGCCCGACCUACAAGGCGUGGUACAUGAGGUCGCCGAAGCGCAACAACUACAUCAGCCUGCACGAAAACGAGCGCGGAGCGGAGGAGGACACGUUCACCGGAUGGUGGGAGGGCGACUUCUACGAGGAGCCUACCCCGCCCGCCGCAAAGCCGCACCACCACAAGGGCGAGAUCGUCAGCAUCGCCGCGAGCGACACGCGAAUCAUUUCCGUCGGCACGAUCUGGUGCACGCCGACUUCGACUUUCUCCCACGGCGACCCGACCGGUGGCCCCGCAGGCUACACCAAGCUGUGGGACCUGCAGACGGGAGAGUGGCUGCGCGACCUCGGCGGGCGGGCCGAUGCGCUCGACAUCUCCAACGACCAGUCGCGCGCUGCCGUCGCGUUCCGGUCGGACGUAAAGAUCGUGGCGCUAUCCAACGGCGACCUGCUGCGCCGGGUCAAGGCGGAUCCGGGCCUGUACGACGUGGCGCUGUCGUACGACAACGCCAGCCUGUACAUGCACGGCCGCUCCGGCGUCGCCAUGCGCGAUCUCGCCCGCGGUGGCUACCUGCAGUUCGAGGGCUCGAGACUGCUGCCGAUGUGGCGCACCGCUACUCGGGAGGACUGCCUCGAAUGGAACGAGUGCUGCUUCCAGCAGCGGCGCGCGCAGAAUGGGGCUGAAGCUGAGGUGGCUCGCCCCGACGGACGCAACAUCGAUUCCUUUUGCGUCAAGGGCCAGGGCGGCACGCUCACCGUGCUGUCCAGCGGCGUCGUCGUGGCUACCGACGGCAAGAGCGUGGCCUGCUGGAGCCGCGCGGGGUCCCUCCUGCAGGAGCGCUCCCUCGGCGACCCGACCACAUACGAUCCGGAUGCUCGCUACUUCACGCCGGACGGCGGAUCCUGCGAGUCGUUCUGUCUCGCACCAGAUGCGACCGAGGUCCUCUUCGGGGGCGAGGGCGGCGACCUGGCACGCUUCGAGGUGGUUGCAAAGAGCUGCGAGAGUGAGAACUCGGGCGAGGUCAUCGCAAAGAUGCGAGUCGGCGGCCCGCGUUUCACGGGGCGCGUCUCGCAGAUCGCCUUCUCCCGCUCGGGGCAGUACGUCGCCAACCUCAACACGUCGGCCCACGGAGAGCUCGACCCGCGCAUUCCUGUGUGGCGCGGGCAGCGCUUCCUCGACGUGCGGGCCGAGAAGGUCGUGCGCACGCGCCUCGACCCUCUCGUCCGGCUCCUCCUCCUCGUUCGCACCGGUCGCGCUGAGCUCAUCACGGCCGCUACCUCCUCAGCGGACACCACCAUCGACGGCGUGGGCCUCCUCUCGAAGCUCGUGACGGCGGACGGCGGCGAGCCCGGCCUCGCGAGCAUCAUCCUGCGCCAGCUCUCGAAGGGGUGGCUCCAGACGACGGCCGUGGUUAGCCGGGCCGCGCAAUGCGAGCAGAAUGAUGUGGAAACUCGCGGGUCGUGA